AUGACAUCCAAACUUUUGAUGAUUCCAAAAACUAAAUUCAAUCCUCGAUUUCAUCCAACAUCCAGAGAAAUAGAAUUACUUAGUUAAGUAAUAAAAUUUGAGUAAAAUGUUGAUUCUAAAGUAAAUUCAAAGAAUAUUAAUAAAAGGCAUUUACUUUACAUGAAAGUCCUUUAAGUGUUCAUGGGAGAUUACAUUUUGGACAUUUUUAUAAUAAAGUUCAUAAAGAUAUAAUAAAAAGGUAUAAAUUAUUAAGAGGAUAUAAAAUUGCACCUUCUAUGUAAUUUGAAUUAUUUGGACCAUAAAUUGAACAUGCAGCAUUUUAAGAAUUAAUUUAAAAGGGAACUACAUAAAUGUAGUAUGAUGAAAUAACAAUAAGAUAAAUAUGUUCAAAAUAUGCAGAAGAACAAUUAAAAUCUUAUUUGGAAUAGAUUUAAAGAUGGGGUAUAUUGGAAUAAGAAAUAAGUUUAACAAUAGAUCCGAGAUAUUAAAAAUAAGUGUUAUAUUAAUUAGCUUAUUUCUUAGAAUAAAGUAUAAUGUUAUAUGAUGAUAGAUAAAAUUGUAAAGGAGUAAAAAAUUGUUAUAUGGUCUAAAUCUAGAUUUUUAGAAGUUCCAUUAGAUUCUGUAAUAAUAUCAUAAAGAGAUGUACCAGGACAUGCUAUAAAAUUUAAAUUUACAAGAUUAAGUGCAAAUUUUAAGAAAUUAAAAUGUGUUUUUUAUCUUGUUUUAGAAUUGCCAUCUCCAUGGAAAAUUCCAAGUGCAAAGGCUAUAUAAUUGAUAGAAUAGGAAUGGUUAGUGAUGAAAGACAAAGAAGCUCUUAUUAUGAGCAAGUAAUUUUAUAAUACUCAUAAAGAAGAAUUUUAAAUGUAUAAAUUUGUAGGAACAAUAGUAACAUCUGAUUUUAUUAAUUUGACUGUUGAUAAUAGUUUAAAUGAAUUUAUAGAUUUAAGAAUAAUUGAAGGUGAAGAGAAUAAUAUAAUUUGUCCUGCUCAUUAAAUGGAUGAUAUACCUAUAGCUAAAAAAUAUAAAUUAGAUAGAACAGGUAUGGUAAAUGAAAAUGGAUAAUUAAUUUAUGAAGAUGAAGAAUUAGAUAUUUUAAAUAAUGAAGCAGAUUAAUAGAUUCUGAAAGAUUUAAGAGAAAGAAAUAGAAUUAUUGAUGUAGUCAGUUCAGCAUAAGAAGUCUUUUAUCAUCACAAAGUUACAGGAGAACAACUCUUAUUAAGAAGUGUUCCUGCAUGGUUUUUAAAUUUUGAUGAAAAACUCAUUGAUGAAUAUAAACAAAAGUAUAAUGUAGAUGAAGAAAAUGCUAAAUUUCAUAAGAAAGAUGAAAUAUAUACAUCAUAUAUAGAAUUAAUGGAAUCUUUAUGUGGUUAAUGGUGUAUUACUGAACAUAAUGUUUGGGGUAUUCCAAUCCCAUUAUUUAAAGCAACUAAUCCUAAAAAAAUAGAUUAAUUAAAAAAUGGAUAUUUACUUAAUGCAGAUAUUGUAAGACAUUUUGCUGAUUUAAUUGAAAAUAAUGGAAGUGAUAUAUAUUGGAAAUGGAAUAUUGUUGAUUUAUUACCAGAUACAUAUAAACCUUUAGCAUAACAUCUAGAAAAACAUACAUGUGUAUUAAAUAGAAAUUUUAGUUUACCACAAUAAUGUGAUCUUAUCUAUGAAGGAGAAGAUUAAAAUGAAGCAUUUCUUUUUAGCAGUUAAAUGAUGAUGAUGUUAUUUCAAAACAAAUUUGAGAGAUAAAUUUAUACUCAUCCAGUUUUAUAAUACAACAAAGAUAAAAUUAGUAAAACUAAUUAUUUUACUUUGCAAAAUAUUAUUGAAGGUUAAAUCAAAGCAAAUGAAUAAAAAUAAUAUGGAGUAAUAUUUUAUACCAUUAUUAUUAUUAGUCUGGUGUUGAUAUUCUUAGAGCUCUUGUUACUACUGUCAAUGAACAUGAUGAAUUUUCAUAAUUUAUGUUAGAUAAAAAAAAAGAAUAAAUUAAUUACAUAAGAAAAAUAUAUUGGUAAAUUAUUGGAUGUUUAGAAAAUGCUUCUCUUACUCCAGUUGAUGUUAAAGAUUUACAUUUUGUAUUUAUCAUUUUAUUUAUAAUUAGUAUGAUUCAUAUAUUUAUCAACAAUUGAUAUUAUUUGUUGCUAACAUUACAAAAGCAUAUGAAGAUUUUAAUUUUGGAUUAGCUUAUUAAUUGUAUAUAGAUUUCAUGCAAAAUUAUGUUUCAUUAUAUGUUUCAAGCACAAGAAAUAAAAUUAUUGCAUUUCAUAGUGAAUAUCAAAAUUGCUUGUAUAUCUAUUACAAAAUUUAUGAUAUAACAUUAAAUGUUAUUCAACCUAUAUUAUGUUUUAAUGCAAGAGAUAUUCAUACUAAAUUACCUAAUACAUGGCCAAAAAUUCCAGUUAAUCAUUUUUAAGAGGCAUAAUAAAAUAUUGUUACUUUAAGCUUAUUACAUAAAAUAUAAAAAGAAGUCAAUACUUAAAUUGAUUUAGUUUAAGAAAGAAUAAAAUAAAAAAGCAUAUCAAAAAGAUUAGAAAUAGUAUUUAUUCUUGAUUAAAAUACUUAUGAAGCUAAAUUAAUAAAUAUAGAUCCUGAUGAAUUAUCUUUAUUUUUUAAUUGUGGAAAAAUAACUAUUGAAACUGAAUUUUAAAAUAAAAAAAGACCAACUCAUGUUUGCAUGUCUUCAUUUUAUGUUAAGGAAUAAUUUUAUCAUUAAAAAAUUAAUUAUCAUCUCAAAUUUUAUGAAAUUACUCAUAGUUAAUGUCCAAGAUGUCUUGAACAUAAACCUGUUAUAAAUGAGAUCUGUUAGGAUUGUACAGAAUAUAUUUAAAUAGAAGAAGAAAAAUUAAAACAAAUUAAUUGA